UUGGCGCGAAGCCACGUGGGGGAUUGCGGGCAGCAGCAGCAACAACAGUAGCAGCAAUAACAGCAGCAGUAGCAACAGCAGCAGUAGCAUUAGUAGCAACACCAGUAGCAGCAACAACAGCAGUAGCAUCAGUAGCAACACCAGUAGCAGCAACAACAACAGCAACAGCAGCAGCAACAACAACAAUAGCAACAACAGCAACAACAACAGCAGCAACAACAGCAGCAGCAACAGCAGAAGCAGCAACAACAGCAGCAACAACAACAGUAGCAGCAGUAGCAACACCAGUAGCAGCAACAACAACAGCAGUAGCAGCAAAAACAACAAUAGCAACAACAACAGCAGUAGCAACAACAACAGCAACAACAACAGCAGUAGCAAUAACAGCAGCAACAUCAACAACAACAGUAGCAACAACAGUAGCAACAACAACAGCAGUAACAGCAGCAAGCGAGCAGCUGACGCUAUUGUUCAGCAUAAUCGCGACCUGCGCUAGUUACACCUCGCGUCGUCGACAUAAUAACAACUACAAUAGUAAUUGUACGCAAUCCCUAGGGGGCGAUUUACACCGUUCGCUUGCGAGGCGGAGGGGGGGCACCGUUUUGGCAGCAGGACUAGCAAACAUCGCCGCCUUUGCUUGCUGCUCUAGCUGCUGCUGUUGUUGUUGUUUUACACGUGGCGGUGUCGUUGUUGGUUCUGCUGGACUCAUGCCUCCGGUGCGCUGUGGUCGUGCCCCAAGUAAGGGUUCAAAGAAAGCCCCGGCUGGAAAUGCAUUGAACUGGGUUGGCCGCUGGUACUGGGAGGACGAUGGCGAGAACUGGACUCCCUACUCGGACGAGCAAAAUGAGCUCAUCUGCAACGCCUUCAGGACGAGCAAGAAAACUGUCUAUAUAAAGCUGGCCUCUGGCAUUGCCUUCAAAGUUAUUUUCGACAACAUGGUACAGCAGAACAGCCAGUCUGCAUUCAAGAGGAGGAUCCGGCUUGCAUUGGAGGAUGGAGAUUUCUACGUGUGGGAGUGGGAGGCAGACGGCCCAACGUGGGUCGUGUACGAUGCGCACAGCUGCGUGGAGCUGGAGGGCGCCCACCGUGCCAAGAGCGCGACGCUGGACCUGAGCACCGGUGGACACGCGUACCGGGUGGACCUGAACGCCCUGACGCAGACCAACGUGGCCACGGGCACCGUUCGUGCAGUUCGGCGGCAGCCAGUCGGUAAAACAGAUACAGAUGCCAAUCCGGGCGGGAGCCAGGGAGCCGAGGGCAUCGAGGUCAAGCAGGAGGCAAAGCCGCAGGAGGCAAAGCCAAAAGAGGAGGAGGAGAAGCAGCUGGAGCUGCCCAGCUCGACAGAGGGCGGAGGAGCUCCGGUUGGCGGCGCUCGGGCUACGCGGAGCGGCGUCAAGCGCGGCCGCCAGCCGUCACAGCCACCGCUGGAGUCCAUAGGUCUGGGCAACGGUGACGAGGAGUCAGACGCUCCACCCAGCAGGAAGCCGCGCUCGGGCAGGAAAUCCGUGAAAUCGGAACCCAAAGCUGCCCCGGAAACGAGCGAGGGGAAAAGUGACACGACUGGUUCCAGUGAAGUGGUGAAGACGAUCGUGAUGAACGGGAGGGCUCCCGUGGACCCGGAGUGCAAGGCAAAGCUGGGCAAGGCGCACGUGUACAGUGAGGGAAACAACGUUUACGACGUCAUGCUCAACCAGACAAAUGUCGGACUCAACAACAACAAGUUCUACCUGAUUCAGCUGCUGAGGGACAAUGACAUGAAGAGCUUCAGUGUGUGGAUGCGCUGGGGGAGAGUCGGAAGGGUCGGAAUGAAUUCCUUGAAGAACUGCAGUAACCUGUUGGGCGCCCGGGAACUGUUUGAGGAUAAAUUUUUACAAAAGACAAAAAACGAGUGGAGCCAAAGAAGUUCAUUCCAGAAGGUGCCCGGAAAAUACGACAUUGUACCCAUUGACUACAGCACCGACGCCAUGCAGACGACCGAGACGGACGGGGCCCAGAAGCCGCCGCCACUGCAGAAGCAGUCGCUCCUGGACCUCCGCGUGCAGAACCUGCUGGAGCUGAUCUGCAACGUUCGCGCGAUGGAGGAGACCAUCUUGGAGAUGAAGUUUGACUCCAAGAAGGCCCCGCUUGGCAAGGUGACGAAGGCGCAGAUCAAGGCUGGCUACGAGUCGCUCAAGAAGAUUGAGAGCUGCCUCAAGAGGAACGUGUUCGGCCGCGAGAUGGUGGACGCCUGCAGCGAGUUCUACACGCGCAUCCCACACGACUUCGGCAUGAAAGCCCCUCCACUCAUUCGAACUGAGAAGGAACUGAAGGAGAAAAUUCAGCUUCUGGAGGUGCUGAGCGACAUCGAAAUCGCGAUCAAGUUCAUUAGAUCCGCGGAGCAGACGGAGCACAGGCUGGACCAGUGCUACCAGGAGCUGCAUUGCAAGAUGACUCCUCUGGAGAGGGACCACGCCGACUUUAAGAUGAUAGAGCGGUACAUGACGUCGACUCACGCCAGCACUCACAACGAGUACUCGCUCAGCAUCCUCGACGCCUUCGUGGUGGAGAAGGAGGGAGAGGCGGAGAAGUUCCUCGCCGACUACGGGAACCGCAUGCUGCUGUGGCAUGGGUCGCGUCUCUCCAACUGGGCCGGCAUCCUGAGCCAGGGCCUUAAAAUCGCUCCGCCAGAAGCUCCUGUCACUGGCUACAUGUUUGGGAAGGGCAUAUACUUUGCAGACAUGUGCUCAAAAAGCGCCAACUACUGCUACACAACGCAGAAGAAGAACGUGGGCCUGGUGCUGCUCUCUGAGGUUGCCCUCGGCAAGUGUGCCGAGCUGUUGGCGGCUAACGAUCAGGCAGACAAGCUCCCCAAGGGGAAGCACUCCACCAAGGGGCUGGGGAAAGUCGCUCCGGACCCCAGCAACAGCGUCAAGAUAGAUGGCGGCGACGUGACGGUGCCGAUGGGACCCUCCACAGAGACCAAUGUCACCAACCCCAGCGGCUUCACCCUCAACUACAACGAGUACGUGGUGUACCGGCCCGAGCAGGUGCGCAUGCGCUACCUCCUCAAGGUUAGCUUCGACUACAAACCCAUGUGGUGACGACGAGGGGCCAAGCAGGCAAGACUGUGGCGACCCCCGGCGGUGUGUGCAGCAGGAGAGCGCCGAGGAUUGUGGGAGAUUUUGUCGGGUCGGGGCGGUGAUGUGGCCGAGCCGUAGCGCGUUGGCCAAUCGCUUGUAGCUGUUCACGGUUUGAACCGGGCAGGCUGCCCUGGUUAAUAUUGCGGGCUUGUUAACCAUGCAAUACAACGUGCCGUCUGCCUCACAUUGGACGUUCCAAAGGUCCCGUGACGUCGCUUGAAACGAGUAGGCCGUUGUGUUGCCAGCGUCACGGUCCAAAUUUACCAAAUAAAAAAAAUGUACUCGCAAAUUAUCUAAUUGGGAUCACACGUAGCAGUCAUCACCCCCUACCGGCAGCCUCCUGCCCAUUUGCAGGCUGGUGCCAAGUCACCUGCUGCACUGGGUCAUCUGCCACUGGGGGUGCCUUUGAAUUUUUGAGAGGUUCUUGAAGUUCGAGGCAUUGAAGCAAUGCCAUGUAAAUGAACAGAUUAUUAUGAUCCAUUUUCUGCGAGUCAUAGCGUCUUCUUCAUAGCCCUGUGCAAUAAAGGCACGGAUACCAAAUGUAUUAACGAUUCGAUUAUUUGAGCUGGGUGGGAUGGGAAGGAGCAGCCAGGAAGCACUCAAGCUCGCAUUGCCACCUAUCUUGAUUGUUUCCCAAACAUCCUCUCUUUGAGGAAGGUUGCUGUCCUGGGAAAUCUGUAAGUUUUCCCAGGAAGAAAAAAAAAUUCUGUUUUUGUUGUUGUGUAUCGUCGAUGCUAUUAUGUGUAGUUCUACCCGCUGAUGGCAUUGUGAGCAGAUUUAUAUUUCCAGAUUUUGUACCUCAGAGGUGGCAACCCCUACGCUCGAGUGAGUAACAGAGGUGGCGGCAUUACAAGUGAGCCAGCGAUCGCAUAAAGAAUAUUUCUUUAAUUUCACGCUUGUUUAGCGAGAAAAGCCUUGCCGAGUCUCGAGACUUUUCAGUAGGAUCCAGCCAAGUUUUCACAUUUGAGGAUGAUGUUGCAAUGUUUAAUCUAAAAUUUAGUGAUUUGCAGUUAAUUUUUUGAGCCUUGUCGGUUACGUUUGUGUGUUUUUGUUACCUCUUGUUGACCCUUGUGUUUAAACUGAAUCCGAUGCCUUGCUACCUCAAUGCCAAGGUCCCAUUCUAGCGGAGCGCCUGUUUACCCUCAUCGGCACGCUUGUCUCAUCACACUCGCCCGUGUUGCAGAGGUCGCAACCGGGUACCCAAUACCCAUACCCUACCCGAUACCCAGCUACCCGUACCCGGCCAGGUACGGAUACGGGUACCCGUUUGCGACCCUGGUGCGGCCGGGUGCGGGUACGGGUAGGCCGUGAGUCACUGGUGAGUCACCGUUUGUCACUCAUUUCGGGUAGGGUACAGGUAGGGAACGGGUACCCGACCGGGUGCGGGUACGGGUACCCAUUUGCGACCCUGGUGCGGCCGGGUACGGGUAAGGAAUCAAAACCCGUUUGCGACCUCUGCCGUGUUGUCUCCGGCUCUUCUGUCGCAUUUCUUUUCCGACUUGGGAAUUCCGUCCCGCAAUUGAUUUUCACAAAUUCCUGAUGCAUAGCCUUUUUUGUCAAUUGAAGGAACGUAUUACGGUAAUUGUAUCUGCCACGCUUGUCGGUAGUUUUGUUGCCUCUGACUAAAUCACCAGGAUUGCGUCUAGCCUCGUCAGAUCUUGGAAGCGUCGCAGAUUUAAGCCUGGAUAGCGCUUGGAUGAACGAGCUAGGUGCAUAACAGAUAUUAUAGGCUUUCGCCGGGCUAUGUUGCGGGCAGCAGAGGGCAGAAAUCUAAUGUUGUACUGGUAAUCUAUGCUUCCAUUCUGUGCGCCAUCAUUGACCAGCGUGGUGAAGUAUGGUCAAAUAACCCCCACAGCCCCGGCACAGUGUGAGUAGGCCCUCAUCGUGCAGGAAAGGCCUGUACGUGUACUGUCAAGUGCUCUCUGUUGCUGACCACAUUUCCCCCAGCACCUCAUCCACCACCAAAGUUCACAAUUUUAUUUUUUGUUAAACUGCUCCUAAGCGCGGUGACUCUAAAGUCAAGUUCCUGCACCUUCUUGGCUCUUUCGGUAAAGUCACGUAGAAGGGAAAAAAAACAUAAUAAAAUAAAAAAUAUUUAUUUUUAUUUUAUUUUUUAUUGUUUUUUCCCCCUUCUAUGUAACUUUACCGAAAGAACCAAGAAGAUGAAUCCCUGCAGUCACGAAAGCUAUAAAUCGAAAUUUAAGUUGCGAGAGCGCUCGUUUGCGUUUGUUUUGCAACUCUUUCACUGGGGCCUUGGCAUGCGAUUGUUUUAAACGUAUUUGAAAACUGAAAAGAAAUGUACUUCCUCUUAUCACGUGACGACAAUGCGCUUUGUAAUCGAUGUGUUUGGUAGGUUUAUGCGUUUCUCGCAGGAUGCGGUUUUACACAGGUUGUCGUUUAGUUAUUGCCUUCAAUAAAUCUGCUACGAGGCAACACUU